AUGGGACAUACCGUGACUCAGCUCCCUUGGCCCCAGGCCGAAGCGAAACAGGCCGGCGAUCGUCCCGCGGACGUCGAGGCCGAGGCCAACAAGCAACGCAGGAAGGUCCAGAACCGGAAGAACCAAAGAGCACACCGACUACGGCUCAAGAGUAGAGCCUCGGGGACUGUUCAGCGGUCGCGCCCAUUCCAGGUCAGUCGCUGGCGCCUCGACGAGCCCGACCAUCGUCCUACCAAAGAAAUCUCGCUGGUAUCAGAGCGCGCAACAACCACGCACUUCUCCCCUCGGCCGCGUCGCACGUACACAGGCAUAUCGCCCUCCACAGCCGAGCGUUCCAUCGUCCGAGGAUCACCACCCACCGCCCACCUCCACCCAGCUCUAACCCUUGAGCCCCAGCCCUUUACCUUUCCCCUCUCCUUGGACCACCUCCUCCAUCUCAUCCACUAUAACGUCUUCCGCGCCUUAAUGUCUAAUAAGCGUACCCUCAACACCCUUUCCACCGACCCGACCAUCUGCACCCUUACAUCGCCCUGCCGCGAUGACACGACCCUCUAUCCCCUCAAGCCCGACAUCCCUUCCUCCCUGGUCCCAACCUCCCUCCAGCAAACUCGCUACCACUCUAGCUGGAUUAACGUCAUCCCCUUUCCCCGAGUCCGCGACAACCUUAUCAGGUGCGAAGGCUGUUUCGACCCCUGGGAGCUGAUGCAGGACCUCGUCGGUGAACUAAUGAGCUCCACUCCGGCCCCGCGGCAACGAGGCACGCCCGGACACGCCACCGUCCCCGAGACCGGACGGCUCCUGACCCUUUCAUCAGGAAGUGAUACGGAUGAAGUCACCGCUGGGCGCAAGGGGCUCAUCGUCUGGGGCGAGCCGCACGAGAUGCAGAGCUGGGAGGCCACCCCUGGUUUUCUCGCGAAAUGGACAUGGGCUGUGGAGGGCUGCGAGGAGUUGGUGGAAAUAAGCAACCACUGGAGGAUGAAAAGGGGGAGGAACCUAUGCGGCUCUCGAUGUCGAGGAGCUAUCCCCCACCACCGCUCUCGCACGCAUCGUCAAGUGGAGGAUAAGUGCUCAUAG